GGCUUUGUUUGCCCAACCUGAGGCUUUGCCCUUCAUGGGGGUUGGUCUGUGGGGCUGCAGCUAGCUGUCUGAAAUACUUUUAAAUAUAUUUAACUAUAUGCGAUAUUUCACAGGGUGUAAUGGGCCUGGAUAUUUUCACUUAUACUACACUCUCAGAACAUAACAUGACUGAACUGUACCUGUCCUUGUUGCUGGGGUGACACCUUCAAGGGUAUAUCUUUUGCAUCUUUAAUAUGUAUCUUUAAAAUGAUGCAGUUUUCUUAUUUAAGCCGACGUGUAACGCUUUAAGGGGACUCUACAUGCACUUUCUAGGUUUAAUCAUACACACUAGGUACCCUCAAAGGUAUUUCUGUGGGUUGCAGCCCAGCGAGAAGUCAUGGUUUAGUGGAGUUUAGUAGCCUUUUUCAGAGAGUGUAGAAGCCUAUAAGCUCAGUAAGGUGUGUUUCCAUGUGAAUACAGCCCACCUGUAGACCCCUUUAGCCUAUCUCUUUUGAACCUGAGGGUUUAAUAUAGCUGUGUGCCGUUUAGGACGUAGCCCGUUGGUCUGCUCUCCCCCCACACCGGCGUUUUCCGUCGACAGAGGCACGACGGAGAAGCAAAACAUGGUCAUCAUCAUCAUCACCGGCAGCAGCAGCAACAGCAGCAGCACGAGCAGAUUGAUCUCCGCCGCGCCCGAAGCCCCCGACCCCGACCCGCCUUCCAAAAAUAAGCCCCUGCCGCCAUGCGCGCGACGGAAGCGAAACGAGGCGAGCGGUAUUUUUAGGGCCGUUCACGCUGACCACGUGCGCCGACGGUAAACCGGACGGCCGUUGCCGUUGCGCAGAAGCAGCGCCUCGACGGCAUGCCCCGGCGCGAGAGCAGCGCGCGCCACACGAGCACGGCGACGGCGCGGACGGCGAUCGUUCUGCUGGGCUUUCUGCUCGGGGUCGCGUCCUCGCGCAGGACCCACGCCACGACGCUCGAGGCAAGGUGGGAGAAGCUGUUCGCGCGCUCCGUGCUCGGGAUCUCGGGGGACAACGACUAUUUGAUGGGUGUCAAGAGAGUGCGGAGGCUGUACUGCAACGUGGGCAUCGGGUUUCACCUGCAGGUGCUGCCAGACGGAAGGAUAAGCGGUGUACAUGACGAGAACCAGUACAGUCUAAUAGAGAUCUCCGCGGUGGACAGAGGAGUGGUGAGUCUGUAUGGGCUGAAAAGUGAGCUGUUUGUCGCAAUGAACCGCCGGGGAAGGUUGUACGCAACGGUAGAGAGUCUUCCGGGACGAGUGCAAGUUCAAAGAGACAUUGCUUCCCAACAACUACAACGCCUAUGAGUCUUCCAUUUAUAAGGGCUUCUACAUCGCCCUGAGCAAACAUGGCCGCCUGAAGAGAGGCUACAAGGCCACGCCGGCUAUGACUGUCACGCACUUCCUCCCUCGAUUAUGAGCGAGACUGGCAAUAACUCACUCUUUUUGCACAUGUUGGACAUUCUCGCAGGUAACUUAUCCAUACGUACGAGGCACGAAAAAUGAACUGCAAUCAACAGAUAUAAAACACGUAAUUAUAGUAUUUAUUCUCGUUAAUGAAAUAUAUGUAUAUAUGGGUAGCUGUGUGUCCGAUCUUUGUGUACAUGCCAUUCUUUGCUGCUUGUCAUUUCUAUUAAGAUUAUAUGAGGGACGAGGAGCUUUUUUUUGCCCCCUCUCACUUUUUAUGGGUGCUUGCCAUAACUGGUGUGUAAACCUUACCCUGUCAUUGGUAUGACUAACAUCUCCAGCUUUCAGAAGUGAAACAGAUACGUUUUAUUACCUCAAAGAGCUACGUCCGGCUUGGAAAGGUGUGAGCGUGUCACACGUUGGGGCGAGAGAGAAAUGUUUAAUCGUUGAUUUCAUUCUGUUCCACCAUUUUGCAAGAGAGAAGACGGCUUACGAGAUCGCUGCCUUUCUUGCACGGUGGUGCCUUAGCUUUCUAAACUGUGGUUUUUGGGUUUUUUUUCCUAAUUUUGCAUGUUUGCAUCCUGCUGUAACAGAGAUGAGCCACUCUGGGGGCUUCAGCCCGAUUCCUAGAGGGCUGUGAGUAGCUUCAUUUCAUGCCGUUUCCUUACUUAGAUCAGCUAGAUAUCAGAGAAUCUGGGACUUGCCAGAAAUAAGAGCAGCUUGCAUGCGUUUGUAUUGGAGACUCAAGCCUACGAAGAUCCUUUAAUCCUUCAUGGCAAGGACACUUAAAGACACUGGAGGCUGAAAUGUAGCAUGGUCAACAACCUCAGAACUAAACUUGUCGUCCGUUUAUGAAGAAUCAAUAAAAAAUGGGUUGAUCUUGGGAUUUUAGGAGCUGGAAUUAGUAUCUAAUGUAGCAGCGUUUUUUUUUUUUUUUUUAAAGAUACUUUGCUCAUUUAAGAAGUAUGUGAAAAUCUCAGGCUACAAAAUCUGCCAUUGAUUAAUUUAUUAUUUUGGCUCCGUGUUGUCAAGUUUGAAUUUGCUUUACAUUUAGACAGCAGGACUGAGCUCAGGGGUGGACAAAUCAUACAUCCAUAAGCUAGCAUAGUCAAAGCUAGGCUAAAAAGUAGUGAGUAACGUAAUUUGUGUGUGAAAAGAGCUAAUUGUAUGCAUUAAUCCAGAGUCUGGAAAAUGAGCAUGAAUUGGAAUGAUUCUAUAUAACUCUGGUGACAAACAAUAUUGCUUGCGCCUUCAACAAAAAGCCAAAACGUCUGGCUAACAGUCAAGCUAUUACGUUUAAUGUUCUGUCAUUACCGUAAAAAUGUCUAACGUCCUUGUUUUUUGUGAAAUAAGUGCACGUUAGUCUACUAGUUUUAGAGAUAUAUAGCAGUUUUAUACUGUGAAUGUGCUGUACUGCACUUUGGUCACUGGAAUAUCUGUCUAGCUUCUGUAAAACCACGUAAAAAAAUAAAAAAAAUUCUAUCUACCCAGAAGCGUAGCUGCAGGACAGUUAAAGCAGGCAAUUGCUUGGGGCCUUGUGUUUUCAGGGAGUCCCCAUGACAGCUGACAUUCUCCAACCCUUAUUUGCUGCGCUUUUCGAAAUGAUGAGCGAUUGGGAGCUAGUAACAAAACAAAAGAAAAUGAAAAGAGGAAGCAGAACUGUGAAAAGUGGUGGAGAUCAUCUAACGAGAAAAUAAUUAAGCUAGGAGACGGUGGUCUAGUUACUGAGAUUUUUAUUUGGCUGAAUUUGACAUGUUGCUCAAAUCGGUUUGUUGGCUUUGAUUAUUCAAAGAAUAUGUGGAGUAUAAAACCCAAGACUUUACCAAAGAUUACUGUCAUAGCCUGCGUAAUGUGUCUAUUGGGUAGCUAUAUGAUCUAGCACUAUAUUUAGCAUGCAUAAUAUAACACUAACACUUCCACACAGAUAUUCUCUAGCUGGCUCAUUGGUUUGAUUAUUUAUGAAGGCUUCUGGGGUAACAAUAUGGCAAUAAAAAAGAAAAAUGCCAGGAGGGCCACUUUUAUUUUCCCACCUGGGGCCCUGACUGUCUGUAAAAUCGCUUAUGUAAUGCAGGAGGUAGCAGGAUUCAGAAAACAUCGAAGUUCUUUUCAUCGUUUUCUCUUACUGAAGUUAAAAGGGAGCAUAUGAUUAUAAAUGAUUAGAACAGUGCUUAUAACUAAUAGGUAGUUGGUUAAUUGUUAGUUUCUAACAUUUAGAAAGAAGCUGCAUCUUACAACCUGUUUAUAAUGAAGAAUAAUUUGAGGAACACACUUUGCUUGAUGAUGAUACUGUAAAUGUUUCUAAUGUUUAUAGAAUUGUUCAUCGAUAUUGCAUGUGCUGUAUAAUUAUGCCCAGGUCAUUAUGAGUUAUGAAGGUUGUUCAGUAGAGCACAUGGUAUUAUCAUAUUAUCCUGAAGAGUGACACUUGCUGUAGAGCAUCGAGUUAGGAAUUACUUACAGCACAAUAUUACAGCUUUAUGAAGCUGGGAAAAGGAUUUAUGACCAACAUAAUCCCAAUUAUAAUGAUUUAUGAAUAUGAGCCUCUUGGAAAGUGUUAGGUUUAUUUUUCUCACGGCGUGUAGAAAGAAAACCAUUCUAAUAGCUACUGAGGCAGCCGACUGUGAAUGAAAAGCUGACAUUGUGGAUAUAUAUACGUUAUCUGCUAGUGAUUUGUCCACCCCCGAGGCAGGUUUUCUUCCAAAAAAAACUAUUUUUUGCAUCUGGCGGAAUGCCAAGCUUGACCCGAAACCCAUUCCGAAACUGUAAAACCGGUUGGGAUGUCACUUUAAGAUGUUUUAUUUCCUAUCUGCUUAUCUGUUUCAACACUAGGCACUUACACAAAGACCGAAGCAGAGAGCUGACUCAGCUUAAAGAAUUUGGUCAGCACAAUUCAUGCAUCACUGAAUCCAAUCAUUCUAAUGGCUUCCGAGUUGAAGUGUGUUGAGGGUAUUAGAGUAGUUAAACUUGGAAUAUAUUUUUAGAACUCAUAUCCCCCCUCCCACCCCAAAGCGGUCACACAUACACACACGCACACACACGUUACGCAAUCCGACUUAAAAUAGUAGCCUGCCAUGUCCUCUGAAAAACACUGCAUAAAUAAAAUGAAGGCUAAAGUUGGAGAGGAGAAGACAAACAGCUAUGGAACAGGGUCGAAAUGAUCUGAUUGUGACUCGUGAAAGCAGCAUGUAAGAUGAUUUGCUGCGAUAUCCUUUACAUGAGAAAAGGUCUGCACGAGCCAGAACGGGGUUUCUGAUCUCGCGUGGCAUCUGCAGUGUGUUUGAGAUUGCUGGGUUCCUCUACUGCAGCUCUGCUGAGAACAGAUCGUCUUACAUGGCAUAAGGAACCAGAUGGCUUUGUCUCAUUUUGCCCUCUCUGGCACUAGGGUGUAGGAAUGGCGUAGCUUUAGGGGUGGGCGAUGUUCGAAAAUAUCAGCUCAUAACAUUUAAAAAUAAUUUCCAGUGUAUUUUGAGAUGGAGUUGCAGUAUAUCAUGAUAUUUAGGUUUGGUGACAAAGUGGCAGCAAAACUACAACAACAACAACAACAACAUCAACAAUGUGUCAGUUACUGUGUUAAGUUUUAGUCAUUGUUAUAAUAUCAGAAUUCUCAUGAUAUGAUCAUAUUCCUUAGCCCUGUGUACCGGAAUAUCAGAAAGAAAUCUGUUUAUAAUGGGGUUUAGUUUCAGUGGCCACAUAGUUUACAUCUAAAU